UCUCCUCUCACCAGCAUCUCCCACUUCUCUCUGUCUCUCACUCUCACUCACUCACUCACUCACUCAACUCAACUCAACCAAACCAUGGUCAGAGCAAGAGACGAUCUAUGCAUCAACGUUCCCACUUUCUUCACGUGCCCUAUUUCUCUUGAUCUCAUGAAAUCCCCUGUCAGUCUCUGCACCGGAAUCACCUACGAUCGCUCCAGCAUCCAACGCUGGCUCGACGCCGGCAACAACACCUGCCCCGCAACCAUGCAACUCCUCAAAACCAAAGACUUCGUUCCCAACCGAACUCUGCAAAGCCUCAUCCAGAUCUGGUCCGAUUCCCUUCGCCAUUCAACUAUCCUCUCCCCGGACCAGGUCCUCCUGACCGUCUCUCAAUUGGAAACCCCCUCUCUCCGCUCUGCUUCGCUCACCAAACUGCUCCUCUUCGCCACAGAUUCUCACCAUAACAAACUCUUCCUUUCCAAACUAGAACGCUUGGUCAACCAACUCGUUCGUUUCCUCCACAAUGUCGACGGAGGACUCAUCGCCAGAGCUAACAUUCAAUUUCUCGAACAAGUCGUCCUUCUGUUAGCUCUGAUUCUCGAUGGCGUCGAAGAUCGCGAUGGAUUGAGAAACUCUUUGCUCAAAGGAAACAAACAGAGCCUAGAUUCUCUUCUUCUCGUUCUGAAACGAGGAGGCUGCGAUUCGAGAUUCGCCUCCGCCAGGGUUCUGCAGUUCAUCGCCGCGGACGCCGAGUCGAAGAUUUUAGUAGCCGAGAAGGAAGGCGUGGUUGCGGAAUUGCUGAAGUCGGCGGCGCCGGAGAACGAUCCGGCGCUGGUCGAGGCCGCGCUGGCGAGCCUGAUCGCGAUUUCGGCGCCGAAGCGGAACAAACUGAAGCUGGUGAGUCUCGGCACGGUGAGGGCGCUGUCGAGGCUGUUGGAGGAGGCGGAGCUGGGAGCGGCGACGGUGGAGAAGGUACUGAAGCUGGUGGAGGCGGUUUCUUCGACGAGGGAGGGGCGGAAGGAGAUAUGCGAGGACGCGGUGUGCGUGGCGGCGGUGCUGAGCAAGGUUCUGAAAGUGUCUACCGUGGCGACGGAGCAUGCUGUGACGACGCUGUGGAGCUUGUGCUACCUGUUUCGCGAUCGCAAGGCACUGGAGGCAGUGACGCAGGCCAAUGGUUUGACCAAGAUUCUGUUGCUGAUGCAGAGCAACUGUACGCCGCAAGUGCGCCAAAUGUGCACCGAUUUGCUCAAGAUUUUUCGGGUGAACUCCAAGUCAUGCCUCACGUGCUACGACACCAAGACCACGCAUAUCAUGCCGUUUUGACGCUCUCCCUCACACGCAGUAAUUGAAACGUUUGUAAAAUGUAAAUCAAACCAAAUUUUGUUUGUCCAUAGACAGAUUUUAUAAAAGGAAAAAUCACCAGGGGAAAGAAAUUCAUUUCGAGAUCCUUCCCGCUCUUUUUCUUUCUCCUUUCUCACACCGUGUUCACUUUUCCAAUAAUUCAAUCUAAUACUGGCGAUC